AUGGCGUCCACGACCCUCCCGACCGGACCCGCCAGCGCACCGCCGAGGAGCUCAAUCGAAAAAAGCUCGACGGUGGAUUCAGAUCCAACAGGGUGGGGAUCAGGUACGAGCAACCUUGCCGCCAUGAAAGCUUCAAUCACGAGGGCGGUCGGGAAUUUGCUCCGUCUAGGGCUGACCAGACCUACAAUUGGGUUUUUGCGGUUCUUCCAAUUGAGUUGUAAUGUAGUCGAUGCCAAGGUUUGGACAUCGGGCUCACCAAUCGAGGACGAGCAGAAGUUGGACACAAUCGGGGUCAUUUUGAAAGUGGACAAUGACAUUCGGAGCGUGAGAACCUCGGUUUCUUUGGCCGAGAUGCAUACUGAGAUUAGGCUCCACCGACUGAUGUUUGUUAACCGAGACUAUGAGAGAAGGGUUGUGGCUAGGCCUGGUUCGGGCCCAAGUGUAUAUGUUAGGAAUCAUUUGGAGAAGCAUUACUCGGUCGUGAAUAUUCAGUGCCGAGACCGGAAUAAGCUUUAG